CUCUAGGACACCAUAACUGUUGGAAUUACGUACACGUUUACAUUGGCGAUUCCCUCUCGGUCGUUGGUUUCCCGAGUUUCAUCAUUAGAGAGGGGUAAGUUAUACCACCACCACCAGCAACCAUGGGGGAUCCAUCAAGCUCACCAUGGAUGUCCAGAAAGUCUACCUUCUUGAUUGCUCUCACUCUGGUAGCACUGAUUGGGAUUGUACAGUCGGAGGAUUUCUAUGAGUUACUUGGUAUAGAGAGGGAUGCAGAUGCCAAGGAUAUCAGACGAGCCUUCAAACGUCUUGCUUUAACCAUGCAUCCGGAUAAGAAUCAGGAUGAUCCCAAGGCCCAUGACAAAUUUGUGCGCAUCAAUCGAGCGUAUGAAGUGCUAAAGGACGACGAUCUUAGAAAGAAGUAUGAUCGAUUUGGUGAGGAAGGUUUGAAAGAACAGAAUCAGCGAUAUAAUAAAUAUGAAAGCUGGCAGUUCUACAAGACAGAAUUUGGUUUAUAUGAUGAGGACCCUGAGAUUGUUACACUCAGCAAAUCAGAUUUUGAACAAUCUGUGUUUGGAGAGGAUAUCUGGAUUGUGAAUUUCUACUCCCCAAGAUGUCAUCAUUGCCAUGAUCUAGCUCCAGCUUGGAGAGAGUUUGCGAAGGAGGUAGAGGGAGUGAUCCGCGUAGGAGCAGUGAACUGUUGGGAUGAUCGCCCUCUAUGUACAGCUCAGAAUGUGAAGAGAUUCCCUACGCUGUUUGUCUACCCAAAGCAUGAGGAGUACACCGGGACGAGGUCACUAGAACCAUUAGUCAAGUUUGCUCUUAAUCUUGUUGAUGUGACCAUCCAUCCACUGUGGAUAGGUAACUUUAAGAAGGUUCUGUUAGCUGAUGAAGCUAAAAAUCAUCCCUGGUUGAUCUCAUACUGUGGCUCUCCUGUAGGAACUGAAGAUGAAGAUACGCAUGAUAUGGCCAGUGUGGGUUGUUUAGAUAGAGAUGAUCAACUCAAAUUAGCAGCCAUCUUGAAUAAGGUAGUGAGUGUUGGGUCAGUAGACUGCUCAGCAUCAUCCCAGCUCUGUACCAAGCUCAAGAUUGAAGAGUCUACAAUACGCUUCUAUAACAAGGCUAAAGAAGUCACCAAGGGAGGAAAGGAACUGGAGCUUGAGCAACCUAAGCAGAUGGCAGAUGAGAUUCUCAAACAACUACCAGAUCUCUCUUCAUUCACAAGUGCUGAAUUACAGGAAGCAAGGCAAGCCCUUGAGGUCGGUGGUGAAGCCCCUCCAGUGGUGACCUACUUCAUGAAGAAGGCUGGAGAUGAUGACCUUGAACUCAAGAAACUCCCUCAUCUCCUAACAGAUAUGAAGGUGAGGAAGUUCAAUUGCAGUACAGACCAAGCUCUCUGUGACGAUCUCUACCUUGGCACACAUCUGCCAAAGGUGGCGCUUUUCAGGAAAGGAGGAGGCCAUGAGUUUCACCAUGGACGUUUGUUUGCGCAGGAUAUAGCAGCCUUUGCCAGACAUGGUCUAACUUCUCGUCUACGAGUUCUUGGUCCUAAGGACUUCCCUGACCCAGUCAUUAACAGUGGAGAGCUUUGGUUUGUGGACUUCUUCUCACCGCAUUGCCCUCCAUGUAAACAGUUACUCCCUGAGGUUCGUAAAGCAGCGUCUCGUGUGCCUUACGUCAACUUUGGAACGGUAGACUGCACCACUCAUCAGGCUUUAUGCAGUCAGCAGAACAUCAGGUCUUAUCCUACGACAGUCUUCUUCAAUGAUUCUAAACCUCAUGUUAGCGUGGGAUUCUCAAAUUCACAUGCUAUUCAAGAAUUUAUUGAGGACACACUCAACCCCAAAGUGAUAACCCUCUCUCAAGACCUGUUUGAUAGCUUGGUUAAGAACCGAGCCAAGGGUGAUCUCUGGUUGGUUGACUUCUAUGCACCUUGGUGUGGACCGUGUCAAGCUCUUAUGCCAGAAUGGAGAAAGUUUGCCAAAAAACUGAAUGGUACAGCUCAUGUAGGUUCAGUAGACUGUGUAGAGCACUCGUCACUGUGUGUGCAGCUUGGUGUUAAUAGCUACCCUACGAUCAGAGCUUAUCCUAUGGGGCGUACAGGCGCAGGUGGAUUCAGUGCAUACCAAGGCUGGAACCGUGAUGUGAUGGCUCUGAUGGGAUGGGUACAGAACUUUCUCCCUACCUCCGUUGAGAUCAUCACCCAGGGUAACUUCCGAGACCUAGUACUCCGGAGCACUGAUCCAUGGGUGGUAGACUUCUAUGCUCCUUGGUGUGGGCCCUGUAUGGCAUACAUGCCUUCACUUGAAGAAGUGGCAAAGGCUUUGAAAGGUUACGUGCGGGUUGGUAAGAUUAACUGUCAGUCCUACCAAUCUACCUGUGGGCAAGCAUCUAUACAAAGCUAUCCCUCACUCAGAAUAUACAAAGGAACAGAAACUAAAGGAUAUUCACAAAAUUGGUUCGGUGAACAAGUUUAUCAGAAGGAACCACAGUAUCUUAUUCCAUACCUCAAGCAGAAAUUUACUAAAAAUUUAGAAAGUACUGGUCAGAUAAAGGAUGAGCUUUAAUGUCACAUCUUCUCAAGAUAAAGCCUUUCCACAACUAUGAUGCUUUCACCAAUGGCUGAGAGAGAUAGAAUAUAUUUCUUUUUAUACAUCUAUUAGAAACCCAGGAACUGUUAUUUAUUAUCAUCCAUUGGUAUACCGGUACUGUAUCUACUUAAAACUGAUGUAUUUGGAAUGUUUGCGAUUGUAUUCUAGAUGAUAUUUACAUAAUGUAUUUAUAAAUACAUAAUAAGCUGUGCCUGCAAGUGAGCAAGAUGUUCAAUAUAUUUUUUGUAGUAUACCGUUUGUGAAGAGAGAAAAUAUAUAUAUUAUUUGCAAGCAUCAAGUAUCUCCUUGUCUGACUGACUGGCAGAUAUUGUGAUGUAUACAUUAGUGAUAAGACCUACAUGAUUCACACUGUAAAGUGCACAAAACGUAGUAAUGGUAUUGAUAUAGCUGAAAGUAAUAAUUACAUGCAAGGAAGUCUUUCAUUCUGUUUCAGAAUCUUUAAGGUUGAUAAUCCAGCGAGGUGCUUUAUAGCUCAUGUGGUAAGUGAAGUAUAUGCAAUGGGCUUGCAUUGAUUGAUAUUUAUUGAAUUAAAAACGAUGUGCACAUAUAUCUUGUACUUGAAAGAGAGGAGAAAUGUUCUUGAUUGUUGAAAUGAUAUCACAUUAAGACCACUAUGGGCAUGGAAGUGAUAGAAAGAAAGAAUUUCUUUCACUAUGUUCUAUAUUUUAGAGAGCGAUUGUUCUUGGUAAUCAUUCACAAUGUUCUGGAUUCUGUCAAAAUGGUUUUACUCUACUGGAUUUUAAUUUAGGGUAUUAAUUUGUUUUUAUUGUUGUUUUACUAUAGAUUUUAAAAUGUUGUGGUAUCAUUUAUUUCCUAGUACCUUGAUCACAGUUGUACUUAAUUUGGACUUGAUGACAAACCCUGCCAAGUCUUUCCUAAACACAUCGUUACUAGAGAUUCUUAGAAGGACUUUGCACGGUUGACAAACUACUGAUGAUUAUAAUUAGAGUUCUUCCACUCUAGAAAAUAUUAGAUAUAUUAUGUUUAUAACUUUAUAUGGACGAAACUGAUUUGUCAGCAUGUGUGUUUAUUGGUUUUAUGUAGGGACUCAAAAUGUUUUAAAGUGAAUGACUGUAAUAUUGCUCGGUAUGCCAGCUGUAUAUACCAUAAAUAGAGUUUAUAGAUAAACUUGAGUUCUAGUAAAUAUAGAAAAUAAUUUUUCACAGAUUCCAACAAAACUUACUCUGAAUGUGGGAAGAUUAUAAACAAAUGACUUGUGCAACAAAUUUAGGUAGAAAAUCUAAAGUGGCUGAGUAAUGAGCAUAGAAAGAUAAGGAAAUCCGGGCGAGUAGACCCGACACCAUUAAACACAGGUCACUAUGUGCAAAUGGGAGUUGUGGUUUUUAUCGAAGAUGAUGCUCAUUAAGUUUUAGUGUAUUUGUUUUUAUUUUACUGGUUUAAACAACCAAUCUACUGCAGGAUAAACAAUUCAGAAUAAAUUGUAGCAAUUUUCAAUCAAAAUACGAUUCCCAUACCAGAGCUCAAGAUUAGCUUUAAUGAACCUUGUAGAUAACAUUGUUUGAUUUAAUACAAUUCAAGCGAUUGUCAUAUAACUUUAGAACUUCAAAAGUUUGUUGCAUGGUGAUUUGGGACAAGGGCAAAAUGAUGAACUAAUUCCUUAGCAAAGUACCUGUUAGAAAUUCUCUGAUCAAAUUUCCUCAUCAACAUUUGAUGCAGUUCAUCUUGUAAUUUUUUGUUCUUUUCAUACAAAUGGAAAUUCGAAUUACAUAUUUUGAAAGUGCCUUUGUCAAAAUGUUUAUGUUUGUUGCAAAUUCAUAUUUUUAAUUAAAUGUCAACAGUAAUUCCUAUUUCUCUACAACUCAAAUGCUGAACAUAAUAUGAUAUUUGACACAUGCUUCAGGUGUGCACAUGUUAUAUUUAUUUAUAUUUAGCCUUGUUGUCCUGUAUAUAUGUUAUUCAUUUAUGCAUUACAUCAAUCAAUGUAUCUUAUAAAACAAUGAAUUCAGUAUGUGAUUUUUUUUAAUAGUGCAGGAUCAAUGUUCAUUGGAAUGUUUGGAAGGGCUUUGUAAUGAUUCUGGUCUAGAUUUGUAUAGAUAAUUUAAGUGUAGACCAUUCGGACAUAAAGACUGUGGUCACCACUGUUCUAACACCUACGAUGAUUCUUGAGAUGAAAAGAAUUAUAAUCAAUAUAACCCUUAAAUGAAAACAUAACAACAAAACGACCCCCCUCACAAAAAAAAAAAAAAAUUAAUUGAUACUUAGAAUUAUCAUUUUCAAAGUCGUUCAGCAUGAGUAAAUAUGAUUGAAUAAGCGCCUUGAGCAUUUAAUUAAAAUGGAUAAUGGCGCUAUAUGAAUCUCAUGUAUUAUUAUUAUUAUUAUGAAUAAUGCAGUAUUCGUUCGACUGUGUGGUUGCUAAAGUCUGGGUGUAUAAAUUAUAUUUUAGUGCUUUUGUAUAUCAGAAAGUUUGAAAUAUUAAUUGACUGUUGGCAAUAACAAGGUUUUAUGUGAAUAUUUUCCUUAUAAUUAAUUCCAUUGUUCCCAAUAUGUAAUUUUAAUGUGACUUUCUGUAAGGCUAUUAGAGGCUGAUAUUUUGUACCUCGGUUCUCUGUCAAUCGUUGUUGCAUGUUUAUUCAUAAUAAAACAAUCUUCUUUAUGGCA